GUGCCCAGUGGUCACAUGGCCAGAGACCAGGGCGAGACAGCGGUCCUGGCCGCAGGCCGGGGAGGGCAGCAGUGCACGGGAGGGCGGGCGGAGGGGAGGACUCGCAGGGGCGGACAGAGGCCAGACCCAGGCAGGGCGGACCAGGCAGGGCGGGCAGCAGUGGACCAGCAGGCCCGGCAGGCGCGGUCGGGGCCCUGCAGGGAGCGCGGGACGCCGCCCGGCCCUCGAGUUCACACGGCUCGAACCCAGGGCGACGGCCCCGCCCCUCGGGACCUCGUCCGCGCACGCGCAGCCCCGCCCCUUCCCGCCCCUCCCCCCGGCGGUGCAGCUGGGGCCGCGGAAACAAAGCCGCGCGGCCGCAACAGGUCCCCGAUUGGGUCCGCAGUCCCGGACUCCGGGGCCCACGGAUCCAUGCGGUCCGUGCCCAGCAUGAUGCCGAUGUUCCUGACUGUGUACCUCAGCAACGACGAGCAGCACUUCACGGAGGUGCCCGUCACCCCGGAGACCACGUGCCGUGACCUGGUGGACCUGUGCAAGGAGCCCGGCGAGAGCGAGUGCUACCUGGCCGAGGUGUGGCACGGCUCCGAGCGCCCAGUUGCUGAUAAUGAACGAAUGUUCGAUGUUCUUCAGCGACUGGGAAGCCAGCGCAGUGAAGUUCGUUUCUUCCUCCGCCACGAGCGCCCGCCCGGCAGAGAUGUAGUGAGUGGCCUGAGGUCUCAGGAUCCAAGUCUGAGAAGAAAUGGUGUGAAAGUCCCUGGAGAACACCGGAGAAAGGAGAAUGGAGAACAGCGCUUAAAAUUUUUGAAGCAACAAGAUCAGCGUCAGCAGCAACAGGCCGCCGAGCAGGAGAGGCUCAAGAGGCUGAGAGAACUGGCUGAGAGCCAGGAAGCCAAGCUGAAGAAAGUGCGGGCACUCAAGGGCCAUGUGGAGCAGAAGCGGCUGAGCAACGGGAAGCUUGUGGAGGAAAUUGAGCAGAUGAAUAGUUUGUUCCAGCAGAAGCAGAGGGAGCUAGUCCUGGCCGUGUCGAAAGUAGAGGAACUCACGAGGCAGCUGGAGAUGCUGAAGAACGGCAGGAUCGAUGGCCAGCAUGACAGCCAGUCCGCGGUGGCCGAGCUGGACUGGCUGUACAAGGAGCUGCAGCUGAGGAACAAGCUGAACCAGGAGCAGAACACCAGGCUGCAGCAGCAGAGGGAGUGUCUGAACAAGCGCAACUCUGAGGUGGCCGUCAUGGACCGGCGUGUCAGUGAGCUCCGUGACCGGCUGUGGAAGAAGAAGGCGGCACUGCAGCAGAAGGAGAACCUGCCGGUUCUGUCCGAUGGGAAUCUCACCCAGCUGCCCGUGUCCGCUCCGAGCCGAGUGGCUGCCGUGGGUCCGUACAUCCAGUCCUCCACCAUGCCGCGGCUGCCCCCGAGGCCGGAGCUGCUGGUGAAGCCAGCGCUGCCUGAGGGUCCCCUGGCCCUGCAGGCCUCCGAGGUGAAGAUUCAGACGCUGCCCAACACGAGGACCACUGCGGCCCCUCUGCAGGCCAAAGGGCCGAGAGUCCCUCCCGCUGGGCCUGACUGGGCCCCUUCGAGUGCGGACCUUUGCUCCCUGCCUCAGAGUGCUAGGCCUGCGCCAGACCAAGUUGCCGAUGGGGAGGUUCCGCUGAGGGAAAAGGAGAAGAAAGUCCGGCCCUUCUCCAUGCUUGAUGCGGUGGACCAGGGGGCGGCCCCGCCCGGCUUCGGCAUGCUGCGGAAGAACCAGAGCAGCGAGGACAUCCUGCGCGAUGCUCAGGCUGCAAAUAAGAACGUGGCUAAAGUGCCGCCUCCUGUUCCUACAAAACCAAAACAGAUGAACUUGCCUUAUUUUGGACAAGCCAGCCCAUCACCAUCUGACACCAAGCCGGAGGGAGGCCCACAGCAGUUGCCUGAAGCCUCGACAGCCGUGGGCCCUAAGCCCAAGGCAGCAGGGCCACAGCCGAGGGCGGCGUUGUCCCCCAGCGUGCCUUCAGGUGGCCACGACCAUGGCCUGUCUGCAGGGCCUAAGCAGGAGAGCCCACCCGCUGCUGCGGUCCGGCCCUUCACGCCCCAGCCUCCCAAAGAUGCCGCCCUCCCCGCCUUCAGGAAGCCCCAGACAGUGGCUGCCAGCUCCAUCUACUCCAUGUACACGCAGCACCAGGCGCCGGGGAAGAGCUUCCAGCAGGCCGUGCAGAGCGUGCUGACCAAGGCACAGCCCCGCGGCCCGCACUUCGCAAGCGUGUAUGGCAAGCCUGUGCUUGUGGCGGCCCAGAACCUGCAGCAGCAGCCGCCCGAGAGCGCGCACUGCAGCAGCCAGGGCCCGCCGGGCAGCCCGGAGCCCGACUCAGAGCCCGCGUCCUCGGCCCCCGAGAGCCAGGAGAACGAGCGCACCCCGCGCCCGCUCAGCCCCACCAAGCUGCUGCCUUUCCUGUCCAACCCCUACCGGAACCAGAGCGACGCCGACCUGGAGGCCCUGCGCAAGAAGCUCUCCAACGCCCCCCGGCCGCUGAAGAAGCGCAGCUCCAUCACGGAGCCAGAGGGGCCCAGUGGGCCCAACAUCCAGAAGCUGCUGUACCAGAGGACCACGCUGGCCGCCAUGGAGACCAUCUCAGUGCCCGCCCACCCCGGCAAGGCAUCUGCACCUGCUGGCCCGGAGAGCCCAGGAGAGGUCCCCAACCCCUACUUACCCGUGGAGCCCGAGGAGGAGGCCGCCCGCGCCCCCGUGCCACUGUCCCCAGAGGAUGCGGGGCCCCCUGGCGACGGGCCCGCUCCUUCCCCAGACCCGGACUCUGUGCCCGAAUGGGCAGCGGACGGCAGCCCAGGCGCCCAGGGUGCCCAGGAGGAGCCCCAUGCAGAGCGCCCCCCCCCGCCGGAGGUGUACCUGGAGGAGUACCCCCCGUACCCCCCGCCGCCCUACCCGUCCGGGGACCCCGAGGGGCCUGGAGAGGACCCCGCCAGCAUGCGCCCCCCUGAGGUCACCGGGCAGGGCGCCCUGCCCCCUGGCAAAAGGACAAACUUGCGUAAGACAGGCUCGGAGCGGAUUGCCCAUGGAAUGAGGGUCAAGUUCAACCCUCUGGCCUUGCUUCUGGAUUCCUCGUUGGAGGGAGAAUUCGACCUCGUGCAGAGAAUCAUUUAUGAGGUGGAGGACCCCAGCCUGCCAAAUGACGAGGGCAUCACUGCACUGCACAACGCCGUGUGCGCGGGACACACAGAGAUCGUGAAGUUCCUGGUGCAGUUUGGGGUGAAUGUGAACGCUGCCGACAGCGACGGGUGGACCCCGCUGCACUGUGCAGCCUCGUGCAACAACGUGCAGGUCUGCAAGUUCCUGGUGGAGUGCGGGGCGGCCGUGUUCGCCAUGACCUACAGCGACAUGCAGACGGCGGCCGACAAGUGCGAGGAGAUGGAGGAGGGCUACGCACAGUGCUCGCAGUUCCUCUACGGGGUUCAGGAGAAGAUGGGGAUCAUGAACAAGGGAGUCAUCUACGCGCUCUGGGACUACGAGCCUCAGAACACGGACGAGCUGCCCAUGAAGGAAGGGGACUGCAUGACCAUCGUCCGCCGCGAGGACGAGGAUGAGAUCGAGUGGUGGUGGGCACGGCUGAGCGACCAGGAGGGUUACGUCCCACGCAACCUGCUGGGCCUGUACCCGAGAAUCAAACCAAGACAAAGAAGCUUGGCCUGAAACUCCACAGAAUUUUACCUAAUGAAGACUUACUCUGUGCUGUCACUAAGAAGAGAUAAUCCACUUGUUCUGGGCAAAACUUUCACAAGACUUAUUUUAAUGACAGCGUAGCUUGAGAGCAGUGAAGAAUGUGCUCUGGAGAAAAUGAAGGAUGGAAGAGCCCCCUCAGCGGAGGACGCUCGGCCUCAGCACGGGGAUGGCUCGGGCAGCAGGCCGCACCAGCUGGGGACAAGACCAGAAGACACACCCCACAGGUCCUGUUUCCUGCAAGAAAUGGGGCCGCUGUGCUGCAUCUGCCUCCUGUCCUGUGGCGGGCGCCCCCAGCCUGCCCUGAACCCGCCUUCUGCGGAAAGGACCAGCGCUGCCCCCACUUCCCUGGCACCAGCAGCCUGGGCUCCGAGGCCGCACACUUGAAUCUGGUCAGCAGAGAGCCCAGCUUGGCCGUCCGUGAGCAGCAAUAACUGUGUUGUAGGAGUCCUUGUAGCACCUUCAGGAUUAUACGUAUAUUUGGAAUAUUGAAACUAAGCCACACUACCUAAUCUAAACUAGAUUUAAAUCUUGUUUUCAGGCCAAAUUUGAAUCUAUAUUUAUUAUCUUUUGUAUCUUGGAAAUUAGAGACUUGUUAUAGACUUACCUUUAAUACUUCUCAAGAUCAUAGCUGACUUUUAAAAUAAUUGUAAUAAAAUUAAGCUUUUUGAUUCUA